CCAAGUUGUCGCUGCACGUUCGAAACGGUCAGCUCGACCAGCAGUUCAGUGACGACUUCCGCGAGGCCUGGCGAUCGACUCCCGAGAUGGUUCACGCCUCAGCUCUGAUGGCCGAUAACACUCCUCUACCUCCUAGGAACCGCCUCGAUGCUUUCCCAGACUCCAAGGUAGAGUAUCUCAGGGUUCACUACGAGCUGUGUCGCUACGAGGCCACCGAGCCUCUGAGGGAGGCCGUCGCCGAGUUUCGGGAGGAUCGGAAGAUGAUGGAGGGCGAGAGGAGCAAGGCCUAUAUUUAUACUAAGGUUUGUAUCUUUGCCUCUUCUCCCCGGCCUCGUUUUGCUCUUCCUCACCGACCUCGCGAAAAAGACUCUGAUCGGCUCACUCCGGGCACGCUAGUGGCUUUGUCGCCGAGCUGGGACUAUUUUCGGUCGAAGUGCAUCGUCGCAACCAUCGCCACCCGAUCCUUCAACGGCAGGGCUGUGCCCGUUGUCGAGGAUGGCGAUAAUCCGUGGCACCCUCCGCGCGUUGAGCUCUUCUUCGCCAACACCAGCGAGACCCUGAUUGACCCAAUCGAGGAGUUUGUGAUGCUCGAGGCCAAGGUUGGCUACUUUGAGAAUGUCCGCCAUACGAUGCUCGGCUUGCAACAUGCUGCUAUGUACCAGCUGUCAGCUGCCGCAACUGGCAGCUCGACUAUCUGCGUAGACGACGACGAAUGCCGCCUGGCAAGAGCCAUCAAUCCAGCCGGCGAUACUAUCGUCGUCCCCCAAGCUGCCGAUCGUUUCGACCAGUCACAGAAGGAAGCAUUUGACAUCAUGUCCACACAAGCGCUCUCCAUCGUUCAGGGGCCUCCGGGAACUGGCAAGACAUUCACCUCUCUGGUGGCCAUUCGCGGCUUCGUCGAAACGCAAAAUGCAGCAGGCCCAGAAUCGCGUCGAGCGCCCAUCAUUAUCUCGGCUCAGACGAACCACGCACUGGACCAAAUUCUGGAUUUGUGUCUUGAUCACAGGGUUGGCAAGAUCCUUCGCCUUGGUGGCCAGUCCCGCUCCGAGUUUGUUUCUCGAUGUUCAUUGUACAAUAUCCGAUCGAGGUCCAGGUUCCGAAGACAGGACUAUCGAGGCCUAGCAUCAUGGAAACAAAUAUGCAGCAGCAUUGAAGAGCUGGUUGAGGCGUAUACCCGGGACCUUGUCGGCGCCCAGGAACUUCUUGAAGCCAAACUCAUAUCUGCCCAGCAAUAUCAAUCUCUCGUUGAUAGCAGCCCAGCGGCUGCACAAAUUGCCAAGGACGAAGAUACAGAAGACCCAAAUGAGAUCAGCUUGAUGAUUGGCUGGCUCUACAGCUUCUCCAAUCAGGACCCAGAAGAAGGUAUUCGCUCCAUGCUGCCCGGCAAGACUAGGAAGGCCAUUGUGGGAAGAAUUGAUGACACUCCGGAUGACGACCUGGAAGAGGAGGGACAGGCUAUACGAGGCAAAGCUCCGGAUGACGCUGCCUUCCAACUUCGCGGUCUAUUUCUUCCAUUCGAUCCCCAGCACACCGUGGCCCCCGUGCCUCCCGGCUGUCGGAGGACUGGGCGCUGGUGGCAGGAGGCCAGAGCGCUAGUCAGGGGCAAUCCGGACCUCAACAAAAUCAACUCAAAGGCAAGGCCCAUGGUUUACUACUACCUGAAGACGCGGCUGAGAGAUCGCACUAUCCAGGCGAUUCGAGAGCAGCUGCAGGUGUACAAGGAAGUCUGCGAGACACUCAAGAUCCAUCGGCUGGCCAACACACUUCAUAUUAUCGACUGUGAAGGUAUCGACAUCAUUGGCUGUACCACCACAGGCUUGUCCAAGUAUCGUGGCAUGCUGGCCGCCCUGCUGCCUCGUGUCAUGCUCAUCGAAGAGGCAGCUGAGACUCGGGAGGCCAAUAUCGCCGCCGCAAUGUUCCCCUCUCUGGAGCAGCUGGCCUUGGUAGGGGAUCAUCAGCAGUUGACUCCCCAAGUUGACAUUCAAUUCCUCGGUUCCCCGCCAUACAACCUCAAGGUGUCCAUGUUUGAGAGGCUUGUGAAGCUUGGCCUACCCUACAAGACGCUCCAAGUGCAGCGCCGCAUGAUCCCGCGGAUCCGCGAGGUAGUCCAGACGUUUUACCCUAUGCUGCGGGAUCACUGGUCGGUCAAGGACAUCAGAAAUCGCCCACCAGUGCCUGGAAUGGGCGGGACGAAUCUCUGGUGGUUUCAGCACCAGUCGCCUGAGACGUGGGGGAAGAAGCUGUCUUACUCAAACUAUGAAGAAGCAGACAUGGUUGUUGGCUUUAUACGCUAUCUGAUGUUGAACGACGUCGAGCCCAACCAGGUCACCGUUUUGACAUACUAUAGCGCCCAGGUCGAGCUCAUCAACCAGUUGAUCCGUUUCGAUCAGAUGCUCAAGAGACUGCAGCCAGUUUGGUCGGUACGGACAGUUGAUGGUUUCCAGGGUGAAGAGAAUGAUGUUAUUAUACUCUCCCUGGUUCGAAGCCCAUCAAAUCCGAUGGGUGCUAACAGACGCACAACUGUGGGGUUCGUUGAAGACGAGAAUCGUGCUGUUGUUGCCAUGAGCAGAGCAAGACGGGGAAUGUAUGUGUUUGGAAACGCACAGCACAUCCUCAGCAGCAGCCAGAAAAGCUACGAGACGUGGCAAAAGGUCUUCAACGCCUUCGGAACGCAGACCGGGGACUAUCUGCCAGUCACUUGUCGUACCCACAGCAACAUCACUCCUAUCAGGACGGCCAAGGAGUGGAAGCGCAUCUCUGCGGGUGGCUGCAUGAAGCCGUGCAAUGGGGAGUGCCCCAAAGGCCACAAGUGCAGCGACCAAUGCCAUCCCCAGGACCAUGAGCAUCGCAAUUGCGAGGAGCCCUGCCCCAAAAUUCUCUUUUGCGGCCAUCUGUGCGAGAUGCGGUGCAACGAGCUAUGCAGAUGCCCGCGUGAAUGCAGGCCGCCUGGCCCUCCUUCCGAGCUUCCUCCUCUGAGGACUGAACAGGCUCCGCUAGACACGCCUUUCCUGCGGCAGAUGAGGCGAUGGGAGGAGAUGGCUGAUGCUGCAGAGGAGGCUGGGGAAGCUGCUUUGGCGGCGCUGCGUACGCAGGUAGCAAACGCGACUAGCGACGAGAUGAUGGCCUUUGGCUAUCGCAACUUCCUUCAACAGGAGGAACGGCUUAUGGAGCGUGCAAGGGCUCAAGCUCGGCGGGCUGAGGGCUCGGGGGAGUCGGGGGAUUUGAUUUAG